GAGAGAGAGAGGGGAGUGAGGGAGCAUGAGUUAGAAGGGACCGGGGUGGGUGAGUGCUGCGAAAUCCGUUAACAGGGGAGCACUGUGUGUUUGUGAGACAUCUUGGCGCUGUGCCCAACUUGGCUCAUUGUAAUCGAGGCAUGAUCAGCGACUCUGGGCAGCUCCUCUCCGGCGCCGCGGCUGCCUAGCGCCUGGACCCUGCCCAGCUCCCACCGCUGACAUGGAAAGACCUACCCCGAGCGACGUGAUGCUCAAGCGGGACCAUGAGCGAGACACGGACCUGGAUAAGAAGAUCGAGGCCCUCCGCAGGAAGAACGCAGUUCUCAUGAGGAGGUACCAGGAGGUGGAGGAAGACAAGAAGAUGGCGGAGGAGGACGUCGUGAGCCCGCCGGGGCGCAAGGGCAAGGCCGACGACCUCAGCAUCACCAUCAGCAAGUCCGCCAGUGAGAGUCGCGUGGUGGUGGCCAAGCGGUGUGCGGUGGGGGGGCAGCCGGGAGCGGGGCCCAGCUGGGCCGGGGAGGGGUCCCUACCGGGCUGCGGGCGGGGCCGCAAGAAGCAGCUCACGGUCACCAUGGCUGGGAAGAAGGGGAAGAGGGUGGUGAGCGAGAGGGCGGAGCCAGGACUGCCAGGGGACGGAGUGAGGGGGCCCGACGAGGACCGACCGGCCCAGGGCGGCGACGCGGCAGGCGGAGCCAAACACGUGCACCACGCCUCAUCAAAGAGGGGCCCCGCUGCCAUGCAGGAGUGCGAGGUCGCGCCGCCGUGCACGGACCUCACCGUGCCAACCUCCCCGGAGGAGCUGCAGGACUACUUGUGCUGGAAGCGCGACCGGGAGCGCAUCGACCGGGAGCGCGUGGCGCGCCACAAGAACGCCAAGGGCCAGUGGAGGCGGGCGUGGGACGCGGACAAAUCGGAGAGCAUGUUUUCUGACAAGUGUUUUCCUGAGAAGGAGCGCGGCCCAACCAGCAGAGGUGGGAGGAACGCACGGAGAGCCCAUCCCAGGACACAUCUCCAGGAGUCACAGGGCCCCGUGAGGGACAAAGUCAAAGACAAGGGCCCCAAAGGCGUUCCGGGGGUGAGCAGCAAAGCCCAGGGCGUGGACCGCCUGACAGGGCGGGCCCGGAGAUGGGAUGCCGACGAGGCAGGGGAGCCAGCGCAGUCCACCGACACGAGCUUGGAAGAACUCCUGGAAGAACUCGAUGCCUCGAGCGAGCCCGAAGAUAAAGAGGAGGACGACGCAAAUGAUCAGGGUGGAGAGCGCAAAGACAGGGACCCCCCAAAGGGGAAGACGGUCCCCGGCCCAGAGGUGAUCCACUCCGGGGUGGUCGUGGGCGGUCCGGCCUCUGAGGGGCCGGAGCGGAGCGGUGGGUCCCCCGCGGCUGGGGGUGGGCGGCCCCGGAUGAAGAACGGGGCGGUCUCCUGCCCCAGAGGACCGGAGAAGAGGGUCCGCUUCUCCGAGGAGCUCAUCAAGGGGGCGGAGCGCCCCACAGCCUCCACGGGGCCCGCCGUCCCCCAACCCCCCCUCCCUCGAGAGGGGGGUGAGGUGGCUGUGGUUGGGGAGGCGAGGGAGGAGGUGGGUGAGAGGGGGGAGGUGGCAGAGGUGGGGGAGGCGGGGGAGGUGAUAGAGGUGGCAGAGGUGGGGGAGGCUUCAUCUUCCGGCAGAAGAACCCACCGGGAGUCUGCCGAUCCCCAGGGGGUGGUUCAGAGUCCUGCUCCGGGACCCACCGACGGAGCGCAGCCUGUUGUCCCGCAGCCUGUUGUCCCGCAGCCUGUUGUCCCGCAGCCUGUUGUCCUGCAGCCUGUUGUCCCCCAGCCUGUUGUCCCGCAGCAGGUCCCCUCCCCGAAGGAACUUGGAGAACAGAGCAGCGACGCCCCCCCUGAGCAGCGUGGGGGUUGUCGUCCGGAGAGCCCAGAGGGACCCACCCAACACGCCAAGUGCAAUAUCAGCAACAGGAACACAGAGGAGCGCAUAGAAGGUCUCUCCGUGCUGAGCUUGGAGUCGAGGGACACGUGUUCAAAAGCCGCCACCAACACUGACAAGGCAAGAGAGAACGGGAAAAUUGUCUGAGGCGAUUUCUGAAAUAAAAAAACUGCAACCAAAACACAGUGUUGACAUCGAAGACUUACCCAGCUGGAGUUUAAAACUUUUACUUCCUGUUUGCCUUUUAUUUAUCUUUUCUAUUGCUUUGUGAAGUUGCCAUUGUGCUGGGCUGUGUGUGUGUGUCCCAAUCGUUGCGUGAGCACAGCAUUGUUGGCAAUCUCACACGUUUGCUACAGUACCCUUAUUAAUAACUUCAACAAAAUGCCAAGUGGCCAUUGAUCAGCAAGUUAAGACAAAGGUCACCUUGCAAUACUAUAGGGGUCAAGGUUGAAAUAGGCUCCCAUCACUAAUAUCCUGGAUGGUGAUGAUAGGUAAACACAUGGGAGCCUAUGUUAUGAGGCCCUGUCACUCGGAGCUAAACAUCUUAAUUUGAACACAGGAACGGAAGAGCGUUUACUGGAAAGAAAUCUUCCCCUCGUUUUGCUUCCAAGCACUUUAAUGACGAGUAUUGUCAUAAUAUACACUGUGUUCGAAUGCUGUUUACUUGCGAGAUUUAUGAAUGUGUCUUUUGUUUACAUUUUAAGGAGGUUUUUUUGGUGGGGGUUUCUGCACCACUUCUUGGUGGGAUGUUCAGUGGUAUUUUGUAUAAAUACGAAAGUAUUCAUAGGUUAAGAUCUGCACAUCUACACAAUAUCCAAGUUGCACACAUUUAACACUGUAGAAUCCAGAUUUUUUUUUUCCAACAUCGUUUUUUAAGGAACAACAUGAACUCUUUCAAAGUCCUUCGGUGACUUUAACCAAGACCUGACUUGGUAAUUCACUCAUGAAGGGUGAAUUACCUUUCUGUAUAUCUAUACAAGUUUUCUAACAAGGAUUUUAAAUGUUAAUAUUACGUUUGAAUCGUCUUUUGUAUUGUGUUACUACAAAGCUAAGCAGCCUUGCAAGACAACUCGCAACGGCUCAACUUGUCCAAUCGGGGCGCAUGGUUGUUGCCAAUCAACGUCAGUGUUUAGAGGUCACUAGCAGAAGCUUAUAGCCUAAAGUAGCAACCUUCCAUAUAAUACUGCUUAACUUCCCUGAACAACACUAAUAUUUUGCACUAGUGUACUUCUCAGUACAUCAUGACUUGGCAUCAGCAGCUUCAAAAGGCCUCCUUUGAUCAAUCAUGAGGACUAUCCCUCUAGUAAGGGCAAUGGAAACUUGAUACAAUAAUAAUAUUUUAAUGUAAGGGUAGGCACUUUUUAUUCAUAUCUGUUGAGAUUCUCUGUACAUCCGGACAGCAAUCAAUAAAUCAAAUGCUGUGACGAAAAAAUACGAAAAUCUGCAAAAAGAAGCCUGUCCAAUCAUUUUAUUCGGCCCGAAUGAAAUGAUUGGAUGGCAUACCCAUCAAUCUACCUACUAGCCAGCAACCUGCACACAAUCUGCCCGCCCAACCAUUGCGCAUAACCAGAGUUGUCCACGAGGCUUUUGAGGGAGGGCUGGAGGAGUGGGAUUUUUCUCGUUUGACGCUUUCAAAUUCAAGCUUACUCUGGCUGCUCUCUCAAAACUGCCUACCCCACCAUUAACACUAAAUAGUUGGCCUCUCACGAUAACCUUUAAACAUGAAGGGUGUAAAAGCCAGAUCGAGUCUCAGUGUUUGAAGACAGCCUUGCUCUGCUUCUAAGUUGAAUUUUAAUGUGUUCACGCGUCGCAGAGUGGGGUUGAUAGUGAUUCAUUUGCACAGCACAUGCUAAUUGCUUUCGUAUUGCGGGCUCGAAAGGGUCUCGCUUUUCUGCCUUAAUUUACAUUGACUAAAGACAUGAAACAUUUCAAGGCUAAUGAGAGCCACCACAUGAACUGAACAAGCGGAAUUGGUUAGUGUUUUUUAUAUUGGGCCCCAAACGCGUUGGCUGUCUUUUGUAAUCGUUAGUGAUAACUAUUGCGUUUUAAGCCAUUGUUGUUCUUAUAGAUUGAAUGUGCCUUACAUAUAAGUUUCUCCAAAUGAGGAAGAGGAAAAACGUUAUGGUAACACCAUACAGUAAUCUGUACUAGCAUAGUGACAGUGCACUAUUGUUAUUUCUGAUUGUAUUUAAUGGCCUUUUCAUAUGGAAACCUGAAUGUUAGAAACUAGGAUUCUGCAAACAGUUUUAACAAUGUUACAUGUUGUGUUUCGAUUCUGUAAAGAUUUAUUUAUUAUCAUGUAAUAUUAAUUUUUUACCAUAGCACUUGACAAUAAUGAAUACAAUUCACGUCACUUUAGUGAUAACAUAGUAUAGUUUAUGUCACUGUUUACCAGAUCAAUAAUAUGCUCUUAGAUACAGCAAGGGUCUAUAAUCGACAGCCUUUUGAAUAUGUAGUGUGCAAAGCAGUGGUCAGAGUCAUUCCAUUUCUCCGUAGAGAAGUAUGGUAUUUGAAGGGUUGCAUGAUCAAGUAUGUGAACUGGGUGUACUGCUGUGAGUACUGUCAACGUUUAGGUUCAGGUAACGUUCUUUAACACAUGGAACACAGACUAUUGCACUGUGUAAUACAUGCUGAUGUCCAACAUUUUCUGAAGUCCUUUUGGACAUCUUUAGUGAAGGCCAUCUAGAAUGUGAUUAAUCAGUUUGUCGACAAUGCAAGGGUCAGUUCUCUCAUAAAUGAUUCAUUCAUGAGAUGGGUCGGUACUGCGAAGCCCAGUUUAGGGUUGUAGGUGAUUGUUUAAGAAGGUUUUGCUUCAGGUAGAUCUUCUCUAUCCUAAUGGCAGAUUUGAAUGGUCUGAUCAUUUUUUGGGAAGGAUGGUUCUGAUUGGACGGAGACUUCCCCGCUCUUUGUUCUCACAUUGUAGGAUAAAGGAAGGCACUGGUUCGUGUUUGUUUUAUUUGAUGCGCACUAGUGAACUGUUGCAUUUACCUGUGUAUGUAAUGUCAAUAGAGCUGUUUUCGCAGUGUUUUUUCUCUUUAAAUGAAAGAAAAGCUCUUGUACGUGGAACAUCUGUGUGCGAUUGUACAUAUAAAACGAUUGAGUGGUGGGAUACAGCGCAUUAAUAAAAGGCUUUCUGUAUUUUAGACAUGA